UUUGAUUCCAUUGAGUCUAUGAAUGCUGACGACCUGUUGGUGAAGAGAAAACGUGGCAGCAAGCGAUUUGUAAUCGGAGCUGCUGUCAUCGGCGCCCUAUUCUUUUUGGUCGGUAUCUUGAUUGGCUUCUUCAGCCACGAGAGUGAGCUACAUCCCAGCACGCCAACGCCUAAACCAGAGAGGUGAUGAGAAGCAGCAAGUAGACAGAUUUAAAUAUCAUUCUUUUCAACCUAGUUUCUAAUUAAUUUCCUCUGGAAAAAUGAAAUUAAAUGGGAAAUAAAUUAAAAUGGCCACAUAACCAAUGGCGAACCUUUGGGGUCGGAAGGGUACGGCCGCCCCGGGUGACAAUUUUUGGGGUUUCAUAAAGCAUUAAAUAAAUGGUGUGUGCGUGUAUUGUGGCAAACUGAAGUAAAGGUUCGCCACAGCAUAUAUUUAGUUAGACCAGAUAAACUUUGAAAUAUUUGUUGCAAUUUUUUUUUCUAUAUAGAUCUACCAAUGACAUGCUUUGUUGAUGGGUGUUUAGUUCUCAUAAAGUCAUUGAAUGAUUUUCAUAUAAAUAAGUUUUUUGCGCUGCAUAUCUACAGCAGUGUGGCUUCUGUAUUAAGGGCCGUAGGUCAUGCUCUGGAGGGGGCAGAGGUCUAAGACAGUGUGUACGUUUGUGACGGAGAAGGGGUGGUUAAAAGAUCAUAUGUGACGUCACGCAUUUUUCAAAUGGCUAUCAUACAUAUAAAACCUGACACUGACAGUGGUGUUUAAAACUUAAUUUGUUGUUAAUUUUUAAACAUGUUUUUAGUUCCAAAGUGUAGCAUACCUGGGGCGGGGGGGGGGGUCCGAGAUUUUUGACAAAGGGAGGGGUAAAAAGUGUCCAAAAGUAGCGUGACGUACUUAAUGUUAGUCCAUUUGAGACUUACGCCAAUUAUGUAAUGACCCGCGAUUUUGAUAUGGCCAACAUAUAUAGUCUGUCUAUGAUGUCUAUGCUGGCUGUGACCUGGCUGUCUAUGCUGGCUGUGACUUGGCUGUCUAUGCUGGCUGUGACAUCUAAGCUUGUUUAGGAAAAAUAGUGCCGGUUACUCUCAGUGACACUUGUAGGCUCUUAGGGCCUAGGCCUAGAUAUUGGGAUAAAACGAAUGACUUCACAUUUUCGAAUAGUUUCCUUGGAUUUAAUUAUGGCCGCUUGCAGCACUUGAUGUAGAGCAUUAUUUUCUUUCUUUCAUUUUCAGAUUGGAUCCUACACAGUUUAUGAUACAAAAUGUUGAUGCGCAAUUUCUUCGGAACAAACUUCAGUACGACCACAGCUCUUUCAUCUAAUUGACAGUGAAAUUACUUAAGGCUGACAUAAGUUAUGCUGAGUAAAUUAACAUAAAAGAAUAUUUUAUCGGAGCGAAAUUUUCCCGUAAAAGUAAAAAAAGUACAAACUUUUAUUAAACAGAACUUCAAAAACUUACCAGUAUAAAAUGUGAUGUUUUUCCCCCCCAGAAACUUUACUUCUCAAGUUCGCAUGGCUGGAACUGAUGGAGCCGCUUCUCUGGCUGAAACCAUCCAGUCUUUGUGGCUAUCAAGUGGAGUGGAAAAUGUUCACAUCGCAUCUUAUGAAGUGCUAAUUUCAUUCCCGAAUCAGUCUGAACCAAACAAGGUAACUUUAGUUGAUUUAAAUCCACUGAGAACUGUCGAGAUUCUAUGUGUUAGACGAGAUUUCUGAAAAUGAAAUGAAGUUUUUUUGGGAAAAUAAAAUCCGGAUCAUGCUGAGGUCAAGGCAAUUAAAUGAAGAACAAAGAAACCUUAGACAUUUAAACUAUGGAUUUCAAUUAACAAGUAGCCUGUUCAACGAUUCUCAGACUGACCAAUUGUCUGCGUUGGUUCUGUAAAGCUAUUUGUUUGGUCAGUAAAUAAAAUUUACUUGAUUUCAGAGAAAUGGCAGCAAAAACCUAACCCUCUAUUAACAAAAUGUGGAUUCUUAAAAAAAAAUAAACCUUGGGUAAGCCAAACCUUGUAAAGAAAAGUGGGCCCGAGACUAACAACCGUUAAGAAUCAGUAUGUUAAUUUAUGGACUUUGACUUUUUUUUUUAUUUCAAGGAAAAUAUUAUGAGUUAGCUUAAUUUUAUGAUUUCCAGAAUGCUUUUAUACUUUGCAGGUGGAACUUGUGAACAAGACCUCAGGUAGAAUGAUUUUCACAUCAAAUCCAUUUGAGCAAGAGCUGAGACCAGCGGAGAGAAAUUCUACGGUUGUGAGCUUCACUGCAUAUUCUCCAAAAGGAUUAGUAUUGGUAAAAAAAAAAAGUUUUAAAAUAAUAUACAUAGAUAAGCUCAUUAUCAUGUAAUAUUUAAAAAUUUAGGAUUUCAGGAAAGACAAUCUGAAAAUCAGAAAAAGAUAUUAUUUAAAUUCACUUGAUUUUGUUUUUUCAAAAAUCCAGUUUGUAAAACCCAACACAAUACUUUUAAAAUGGAUUUUAUUCCUCAGGGUGAUAUUGUUUAUGUGAACUAUGGCAGAGUGGAAGAUUUUGAGUUCCUAAGAAAUAAUUUAAGUAUUAAUGUACAUGGGAAAAUAGUCAUUGCACGUUAUGGAAAGAUAUGUGGUGGAAAUAAGGUAGGUAUGAAUGUAACAAACCUGGCUUAUCCACAUUGCUGUGCUUUUUAAUUUGUCAAGGCAGUGGGGGACAGUAGAAAAAUGAUUAAUUAAUCAACUCAUGUCAUGUUUAUGUUUGAAUUAAUAAACAACUGAACAAUUAUGAUUAUUUAAAAACUUAGUUUUCAUCUGUUUAAAAAUAUAUAUAUUGCCUUUCCCACUACACCCUUGCAGAUAUCAAAGACUGUGUUUUUAAAUAAGCAUUGGGUGUUUUCACUUGUAAAUUUUAUAAAGAUUAUAAUUUGAUAGAUAUAGCAAUUAAAAUAAUUAUAAAUUAAAAAAUGUCGUUAAAUUUUUUAAUCCAGAUACUGUAAAAACUGCAGGCAUUUAAAUUUGAUAUAAACUCACUUGAUCAAUUCACUAGAGAUUUUAAUUAAUAAUUACUAGAAUGAAAAAAGCAGAUAUCUUAUAUAGUAAGACUUUAAAUGUUGUGUUUAUUUUACAGGUUUUAAAUGCAGAAAAAUUUAAUGUCAGUGCUGUGAUCCUCUACGCAGAUCCUGCAGAUGUAAAUCAAGAGUUCAAUGGAAAAAAUGAUGAGAAGACUCAUCCUGAUUCAUGGUGGAUGCCUAGUGUUGGGAUACAGAGAGGAACAGCUUACACACAGCGUGGUGAUCCUAAAACACCAGGAUAUCCCUCUACAGGUGAAAAGGAUCAUUUUUAAUUUUUUCAAAAGAAAAUCUGUUGUAAAUUAAAUGCACACUUUUUUUUUUUUUUAAUGUACUUAAUAAUUGCAAGGAUUAAUUUUUAUUUUAAAGGAAUUGAAUAUUCCAAACUUAAAGUUUAGUUAAUAUUUUCACUAACCCUUUAUUUAAUAUUCAUGUUUACAGAUUAUGCUUACCACCUAGAUAAAUCAAAUAUGCUCUUGCCUAAGAUACCCUGUCAGCCAAUCAGCUAUGGAGAUGCACUGCAUAUUUUAGGGUUGGUAUAGAAUUUGAAUCCUUUAAGAAGGGAAUAAAGGGGAUGUAAUUUAACUUUGAAGUGCCUUCGAACAGCAAUAAAUUUCCGUUCAAUCAAAUCACCGUCUAUCAAUUUACCGUCGAAGAAAUUUCUUUCGAUCAAAUUAGUGUUUGGUGUUUUACAUCAAAUUGGAAACAGAUUACAUUUUGUUUAUCUUUAUUUUUAAGCAAUCUAAGUGGACCAAUAUCCCCAGCAAGUUGGCAUGGUACUUUACCCAUUGAGUAUAGAAUAGGACCUGGCUAUGACAAUGCAACGGACAUGUAAGUUAAUGGUUUACUUUGUAAACACUCUAUAAAAUUACCUCAGGAAAAUUUAGAUAUGAAUAUUCCAUAAUUAUAAGUCUGAAAACAUUCAUCAAUUUAUAAAUAGGGCCAUUAUAGGCGUAUCUUUUCAUAUAACUUGAACACAAUUCAAAUACAAUGUUUAUUCAUCAAGUUAUAAAUAAUGUUCACAUCACAUCAUUAUAGGGGUAUCUUUCUUUUUAACUUGAACACCAUUCACAUACAUUGUUCCACAGUGAAGUAAAAGUAACAGUGAAUAACUAUUUGGACAACCGUCCAUUGUACAAUGUUAUAGGAACUAUCCAAGGAAGUGAAGAACCAGGUCAGUAUGAGAAUAUUGUAGUUUGAAAAUUAGAUUGUCAAGGAAAGAGAAAUAGAAAAAAGUUAUUAAGAUUUUCAAAUUUCAGUUUAAAUAAACCAUGAAUAUUAAAUGUGACCUUUUAAGUUUUAAAAGAAACAAUGACAAAUCUUAAAUGGUAUGACAAUGACUUUGUAUCCUCAAUGAUAAAAUCAUACACUUAUCCCAUUGUAAAAAUUGAACUAAAUAAAUAAACUCCAAAUUAUGUCGUAGUAUUUAUUAUGUUGCAAAUGUGUGUAAAUGCCUUUGUAGAAGAAUUCUUGCUGGUUUCAGACAGGUAUGUGUUGCUUGGCAGCCAUCAUGACUCCUGGGUUUAUGGUGCAGUAGAUGCUCACUCUAGCAGUACUGCAUUAACUCAAGUAGCUGAGCUUUUUGGUCAGCUUCUUAAGCGAGGUAUUGAAAUCCCAAUUAGAUCAUGUCCUUGGUGGUAGGUCGCCAAUAAUAAUGUUUCCUUACUGUAAAAAGAGCAUAUGAAAAUUAUAAACUUUAAAAAAUUGUAGUAAAUUGUUAUUUUAAAAAAUUGAUAAUACAUUUUUAUUUCUCAGAUUUGUUCAUUUUUGCAUCUCUGUCAUAAAUACACAUUUUUAAAAUAAAAAGCAAGUAGAAGGUAAUGUAACUUAAUUGUUUUCUUUAUUUGGAAAGCAAAAAAAAUUUGUCCCAAGAGUUCCUAAAUAUAUGUUUCACUGCUUUAUUUAGCAUUCAACAAAAAUAUAUACUUUUUAAACAGGUUAUCGCCCAAGAAGAACAUUAGUCUUUUGCAGCUGGGAUGCUUCAGAACCAGGAUUGAUUGGAUCCACUGAGUGGGUUGAGGUCAGAAAAACUUAUUUGAAAGAAAAAAAACUAAAAUUAAUUAUAAUUUUUUUUUUCUCAGAAUUGUUGACUCUCUAAUCAUGCACCUUUGAUUCAUCUAGUUGAUUACAUUCCUUUUUUUCUGCCUUGAUAGGACAAUCUAAAAAAUAUAUUUGAAAGAGCUGUGGCAUAUCUGAAUGUGGAUAUGAUUGUCCAGGGCAAUUUCACACUGGAUGUUUCAAGCAGCCCCUUAUUACAAGAUGUACUUUACACAACAGCCAAACAGGUUUUAAAUCUUAGUACACUUUUUAUUUUUGUUUUUAAUUUUCUCAUUUUUUUCUAAUUUAACUUUUUAACUUAAAAAUAAUAAGAUAAAAUAAGAUUCUUUAUUGAUCCAAAUAAAUUGAAUUUUUUUUGUUACAAUGAAUAUAUUCAUUUUCAACACAAAAAUAAAUACAUAUUUUAACUGACAAAAUUUUACAAUUGUAAAAAUUUAAACACAAGACAUCUGAAGUAUUUGUCUAUCAUAGGAAUCAGUCAUCAUUGAGCUCUCUUAGUGACAAUAAUGACUUAAUUAGUGAUGAUUUAGAUUUGGUAACUGCUGUGGGAGCAUGCUGGUAAAUUCGUACAGACUGAGGAACAAAAUAAUUUUUAUAUAUUUCGGUCCUAACUUUAACAGAAAGAAUUCGCCCAGAUCAGAGCAGAUCUUAGGGAUGUGUGAUGAAGUGAGUGGGAUGGAUCAAAAUUAUAAAGUGCCUAAUAUUGUAUUAACAACAAAAAUGUAGCAAGUUGAUAUCUCUGCUGCCAAGUCAUUAUUUGGCCAUUAAUAAUUUUCAAAGCCUUCUUGAAAGAAAAUCUUCUUACAGAUCAGAGAUAGAAAAUGUUUGAACAUUUUAUUUAUGUUAAACUUUCUAUUAUUUAGAAGAAAUAUUUCAAAAGGUGAUAGCUUUGAACUGCUGUAAAUCAUAUCUUAAAAGGUAUAAAAAGAUUUUUUUUAAACAAACAAGUACAAAUAAAUGUUCUAUCUUCAAUUAUUUUUCUUAAUUUUUUUACUUAGAUUCCAAGCCCAAAGAAAGAAUACAAAACACUGUAUGAUUUAUGGCAGGCCAAUUCAAUGUCAAACAUAAAUGAUAGAGAGCCAAGGUAACAAAAGUCUUAUUAAAUAUAGUAUUAUAUUCAUUUGUAAAAAUAAUGCCCCUCCUUAAAUAAAGCCAUGAGAAAUUUUGCCUUAACUUGCCUUCUUUGUUUGCUCUAAGGGUUACAUAUAGCUUAGGAGCUGGUAGUGAUCAAGCUAUAUUUUACCAACUUGCUGGAGUUUCUUCUGCCAAUUUUGGUUUUACAUUUGAUCCAGUAAGUUUUGAAUUUUUCAAACGUUGAUAGGCAUUUGCUCUAAUUUCUUUUUAAAAUCCUUUUAGAUUAUUGUAUUUUUAUAGCAAAGUCCACAGGAAUUAAAAAGCUUGGUUUAAAAAAGAAAUUUAAAAUUUAUUUAAGGUUAACUUAAAUCAAUAAUAAAUAUUUAAAAUCAGUCAAAACAUUGCACUUUAUAUUUUCAUUUGAUAUAUCAAUCAACGUUUUAAUCAUUUUAAAAAAACAUAUGAUGCUCACAGCUGAAAAUACUUUAAUUGAGACUUUUUAAAAGAAAUAAAUCUGUUUAUCUAAAAUAUUUUUUUUUUUCAGAAAAAAUAUCCCAUGACAACAUAUCCAUUGUAUCAUUCAUCAUUUGAUAAUUUUUACACAUUUGAGCAUUACCUUGAUCCAGAAUUCAAAUAUACACAAUCUAUGACUCAGUUUUGGGCUGUGUUGGCUAAGUGAGUAGAGCUAUGGCAAUGAUGAUUUUUAAAAAUUUAAUGUGAUUGAAUUUUAGAUAAAUUUAAAAUAGUGUUUCUCAAUGAAGAAGUUUUGUGACAACUAAAUCUUGGCUAAUAUUCUUGGCUUUGAAUUUUAUUACAUGAGAUAACAGGCCGACCAUUUUAGGGUCCUGAAGCUGGUGCUAUUAUGAUACCCUUCACCAUAAGUAACCUAUGUUAUCUUCCUACGUAGCUUUUCUUUCCAUAAAAGAAUAACACAAAAUUUAGACAAAUAUAACCCCUUCAUUUUAAUUGAUUGAUACUGAAUUAUCUCACAUGUACAUUUGAUGGUAAAAUUCUGUGAAAUAUGUUAUAGAUGCCUGAUACAUCAUAAAUUGAUGAAGAAUAAAAAAGCCUAUAGAGUCUGUUUUAAAAUACCUAUGAGAGUAAUACUGCAAGAAGCAUUUUAGCAAAUUCUAUUUUCUUUGGGGUUUUCGUUUAGCCUAAUGCAAACUGUAGACUCAACAUUUUGAAUAAAUAUCAACUAAACCAACUUCUUUCUUAGUUAGAAGCUUAAGCUUCCUAAUUUUAAGAGUUGAUCUGGACUUGCUCCAAAAACAUUUAUAGUCUAUAUAAAGCUAUAAACAGAAUUAUAAUAAUGUUCCAGAGCUGUCCGAUUAAAUGUAGAAUUAUUUUUAUUUUUUUCAGCAUUUAAAAAAAAUUAUUUGUUCUUUACUUUAUACAGCAAUCUUGCGGAUGCUAAAAUUUUACCACUUAAAGUAACCAGAUAUUCCACAGCAGUUAAAAAAUUUAUAUAUGACCUCAUAAGAGUCUAUGAAGAAAUUUGGAAAAAGCACAAUGUUCAUACUGGUAAGUCUGAAAAAUAGUAAAUUUUUAAAAUAUGCAUUUUAAAAUUCAAACAAGUUGUCUCAUACUUUUUGAAAUGCUAAGUAGUAUCAAUGAUUCUAUCAUUUAAAAAUUAACAAACAAUUAGUUUAUAUCAACAAAUAAUCGUUGGCAAAGCAUUAUGAAAAUUCCUCAUUAAUCAAGUAAUUAAAGAAUAAAAUAUGUCUGGACAAAACUUUGAUGAGUUAAAAAGAAAAAAUCUAAUAAUUAAAAAAAAAUAUUCUUAUUACAAUUUUCUAGAUCCAUUAUUGUCUUCUGUGCAAAAUUUCACGGAGGCAACUUUGCUGUUUGAAAACAGACUAUCUUCAGAAAAAGAUCUUGAAAAAAAGUGAGGAUUUGUAGCAGAUGAAAUUUAAUGCUCCAGAUUGAAAUGAAAUGCUUUUAUCAGUUAUACUUACACACUGUUCUCAUUGUUUUCUUGAGUUAAUAUUUUACUUAAGUAAUUUAAAUUUAUUUUUAAUUUUCGACUUUAAAAUCUUUAAAAUUUGAAUGCAAAUUGGAAAAUAAGGUAUUUAUUACAUAUUUAAUAAUGUGGAUAGAAAAUGAUUUUGUUUGAUUAUUUGAUGUGUAAUUUUUCUACAGACCAUACCGAAUGAGGAUGUACAAUGAUCAAAUGAUGAAGUUGGAAAGGGCAUUUUUGAACUUUGACAGUUUGUCAGAAAGGCCUUACUCAAAGUGAGUUUCUAUUUUCACUAUCUUCUAGCUUCAUUAUAAUAACUUGACCAUUGUGGCCCACAAAUUAAUUCUGCAAGAGGAUAAUGUAUAUUUGAGUAAAAUUGUAAUUUUUAAAAAAUUAAUUUAUGGAAGUUAGAUCCUUAAGACUUUGAAAAUAUUUAAAAAACUGUCAACACUGUCAACACUUGGGCCAAAAUGUUUCUUCCUUUUGGUUUUCCCUUGUGAGUUACUCAUGAAAGUUAAUGGGUAAUUGAGAAAACCCCUACAAAUAUAAUGAGGUGCAUCCUCUAAUUCCUGGAAAGAAAUCCAAGUCUGCUAUAAAAUUGAAAGUGAAAACAAUUAAAUUUGCCAUCUUGUUAUGAAAAAAAUUUAAGAUGAAAAAUAAGCUCCCAGUUACAGGUUCUAAGAAAAGGAAUUAUUAAUUGAGCCAACCUUUUAUUUUUUCAGACACAUAGUGUUUGCACCAAGUGCUUCAGAUUUAAACACAGAUUCUUUUUUCCCUGGCUUGACUGAGACCAUGUAUGACAUUGAAGAGGAACUUGAUAAGUGGAACCAACUCAAAGAACAAAUGUCUAUUACAACUUAUUUUUUACAAUCAGCUGCAAAAACCCUGUCAGAGAAUGGAAUGUUGUAGCUUAAAGUAAGCCCCUACCAUGAUAAUAUUUUUAUAACCCAGUAGUUAUCUUUAUUUCCUUACUUUGAUUGGACAUUUUUUGAUAAUUUUACAACUAUGAC